AUGAGUCACCUGGACGCAGUCUGUGAAAUACAAAGAGCUAUCCAAGUCAAAUUUAAGUCCAUCCAGGAGGCAGGACUGAAGAUGAGGCUACCUGUAGUAGAGGUUCAGUCUGUGCAGGAAGAACAGCCCCGUAUGUCAGGACAACAGGAGACAGGACCAGACAUGCACACCUACAGCAUAGCUCAGUCAGUAAGUCAGGACAGAAAGGAGCAGCUGAGCUCAGGGAGUCCCGUGCCAGUAAGCACACUGAACUGCCUCUCCACUCUCACCAAACAUAUUUCGUGUUUCUCUGGGUUGAGAUGGCUCCACUGGAAUUUCCCUGGGGUCCUACUCGGCCUGGAGAACAGAGUGAAGAUAUUUGCCCCCAAUAUUGAGCAAAGGGAUGUAGUCAAUCACCUAAAAGGAAGUCCAACAGAAGAGAAGAGAAAUGUGUUAGUUGAAAGUGCCAGAUUGGCAAGAGGAAACAUUCAGGAUCUGGCUGAACUGAAAGCUAGUGAAUUUGAUGCAGUCAUUUUCCCUGGUGGUUUUGGCGUAGCAAAGAACCUGUGUUCCUGGGCUGUAGAUGGCAAGAACUGUACUGUCCACGAGCACGUGAGCUCCACACUCCAAGCUUUCCACAGUGCUAAAAAGCCCAUUGGUUUGUGCUGCAUAUCACCAGUCCUGGCAGCUAAAGUCUUUCCUGGUUGUGAGGUCACGGUCGGCCAAGAUAAAGACGUCGAUGGGAGGUUUCCUGACGCUGAAACAGCAUCUGCUAUAGCAGAGCUUGGAUGUAAGCACAUUUGCAAAAACGUAAACGAAUCCCACGUGGAUAAAGCCAAUAAAAUAGUUACUACCUGUGCUUUCAUGUGCAAGGCUCCUCUGCAUGAAAUCUUUGAUGGAAUUGGAACAAUGGUACAAGAAGUCCUGAAACUUGCCUGACUGGAAGUGUACAGACCUCUGCAAGGAAAUCGGUUUAGCCAAGCAUAAGCAUUUAGCUUCCCGUGAUUGCAUUAAUAAAAUAGUGCACUUA